UUGGCAUUGCUCUAGACAAUUCCUCCAGAAAGAAACAUGUCUGCUAAUGAGACAUGUGUGGGUCCAAAUGGAGAUAAUACAGAUUUUAGAUACUUUAUAUAUGCGGUGACAUACACUGUUAUUCUUGUGCCAGGUCUCAUAGGAAACAUAUUAGCCUUGUGGGUAUUUUACGGCUAUAUGAAGGAGACCAAAAGGGCUGUGAUAUACAUGAUAAACUUAGCCCUUGCUGACUUACUACAAGUUCUUUCCCUGCCACUGAGGAUCUUUUACUACUUGAAUUAUGACUGGCCGUUUGGGCCUGUCCUCUGCAUGUUCUGUUUCUACCUGAAGUAUGUCAACAUGUAUGCAAGCAUUUACUUUUUGGUCUGCAUCAGUGUGCGAAGAUUUUGUUUUCUCAUCUACCCCUUACGUUAUCAUGACUGCAAACAGAAAUAUGACCUAUAUAUCAGUGUUGCUGGCUGGCUGAUUAUCUGCCUUGCCUGUCUUAUUUUUCCUCUCCUCAGAAUCAAUGAUGAUAGUACUUCAGACAACAAAACCAAAUGCUUUGUGGAUCUUCCUACCAGGACUGUCAAUCUGGUCCAGUCAGUUGCCAUCAUGACCAUUGGUGAAAUGAUUGGAUUUGUCACUCCUCUUAUGGUCAUCCUAUAUUGUACCUGGAAGACAGUUUUAUCACUGCAAGAUAAAUAUCCUGUGUUGCAAGACUUUGGAGAGAAAAAGAAAGCUUUAAAGAUGAUUCUAACCUGUGCAGGAGUAUUCUUAAUUUGCUUUGCACCAUAUCACUUCAGUUUUCCUUUGGAUUUCCUGGUCAAGUCCAAUAAUAUUAAAAGCUGCCUAGUAAGAAGAGUGAUUAUAAUAUUUCAUUCUGUUGCCCUGUGUCUUGCUAGUCUGAAUUCAUGCCUUGAUCCAGUCAUAUACUACUUCACCACUGAUGAGUUUAGAAGACGACUUUCAAGACAAGAUUUGCAUGACAGCAUCCAACUCCAUUCAAAAUCCCUUGUGAGCAACCAUACAGUGUCUACCCUGACAACUGAAUUAUGCUAAAUAAAAAAAAAACUCAAUGUGUUUUGAAAUGUAAGUAUAACAACACAUUUGCAAUU